AUGUCCCUUAGUUCCGCUGAAGUCAACGCUGCCACCGCCUUAGCCGACGUGUUAACAAACAACAGCCCGCUAUCCUCUAGUUCUUCCGCUGUUAGUCCCGUAUCCGAGGGUAUAGAUGAUGGGUUCACAUUGCCGCCUCUUGUCGAGCUCCGUCCUUCAGCUUAUCUUCAAACCCAUGCCGGCGCUAUCUUAGACGUCGACACAAGCACUAACAAGGAUCUGGGGUUUGUUCCUCUGUUCAAUGCCGCGCCGGCCACGCCGGUGUUGUUGUCAAGUGAUCAGGAAGGGUCCAUUGCUACUGAAGACGAGCUCGGCCCUUCCGACUCCAACGAAGACUCUCGUCUACAAACCCUGCCGGACUCUUCCGACCGUUGUCGCAAGACCUAUUUACAAUCUAAUGCUACCUUGAUAGCGUCACCCACACCCAGCGAACAAUUUGUCCGUCCAACGGAAGCUUUAACGUCUCCCGGACCCGAGCCAGUUGAUUAUUCGGUUGUUAUUCCCGCGCCUAAUGGUUACCGCUCGCCGUCAGUUGUUAGUUUCUCUGACUUACCAGGGAACGGCACCGCCGAUUCGCCCUAUUACGUCAACACGCCGCCGCCGGGGUCAGACGCCGAAGAAAACGCUACCGACCGAGGACCUUUCUUCGCCGAAGUGCUGAAUGUGUAA